CAUUCAAGAGGUAUGUACAUAGCUUACUUAACCAAACUCCCUUUAAGGUGUAUUCUAGAGUAGUUGACUUAACUGAAAGUGCAAGCAGCUUGUUCGUCAUUGUUUAAGAUUGUCAAAUCAAUUAUGGAUGUCCCAGGUCCUGAUAGUGAUUGGAGAAGUCCAGCCUUUCGACAGAAAGUGGUGGCGAAAAUUGAGGAAACCAUGAGAAAAGCAGGAACUGGUCACACAAAGUCCAGCACUGAGAUGGAGAGCCAUGUUUUUAUGAAAGCAAAGACCCGAGAGGAGUAUUUAUCAAUGGUUGCGAGGCUGAUAAUUCACUUUAGAGACAUCCAUGAAAAAGCACAAGGUGGACCUGAUCCCAUCAAUGCCCUGCAGAAUUUACCUGGAGUGGGUGGAGGUGUUCCAGGGGUUAUUGGACCACGUCCUCCUGGCGCACAGAUGGGUGGAAUGGGGCAAAUGUCAAUGGGUCUACAUGUCAUGCAGGGACUAGCGGGUGGGCAGCAGGCUGGUCAUGAUAGUGAUUGGAGGAGUCCAGCCUUUCGACAGAAAGUAGUGGCGCAAAUUGAGGAAGCCAUGAGAAAAGCAGGAACUGGUCACACAAAGUCCAGCACUGAGAUGGAGAGCCAUGUUUUUAUGAAAGCAAAGACCAGAGAGGAGUAUUUAUCAAUGGUUGCGAGGCUGAUAAUUCACUUUAGAGACAUCCAUGAAAAAGCACAAGGUGGACCUGAUCCCAUCAAUGCCCUGCAGAAUUUACCUGGGGUGGGUGGAGGUGUUCCGGGGGUUAUUGGACCACGUCCUCCUGGUACACAGAUGGGUGGAAUGGGUCAAAUGUCAAUGGGUCUACAUGCCAUGCAGGGAGUAGCGGGAGGGCAGCAGGCUGUGGGUGCAGAUGAUACAGCAGCAGCAGCAGUCCAUUCAGUUUCAGACGUUCCAGCCGCAGCAGCAGCAGGCACCAAUGCAGUCUCAGCAGCCAGCAGCAAUGUUUCAACAGAUACGACUCCAGCAACUCCAACAGCACCAUCAUAACCUAUAGGCCUUUUUAAAUUUACUAUUAAAAAGACGAUAACUAUAAUGGCAAAGUAAGACAACAGCAGACUGCAUUUAGAUUAAACAAUAUGUGUAUAUUGUAUAUGGAUUUUCUUGCUGUGACUGGGCCUUUACUUGAGUAAUUUACAGCCCUGGAUAUGUUCACAUUGAUAAUUGCAUUCACAUAGAGAAUGGUUAUUAAGGAUGCAAAACAUUCAGGAGACAUAUGCAGAAAUGUAAAAAUACAGAACCUUAAAUACAAAAAUGAAACAGCAAUUUUGCAGAAGUCGUCUUACAUGCAUCAUAUCUAAAUUCCAAUAUACUGUACAUUUUUCUUUUAAUAUAGAAGAGCUUUUAUACAACGCUGAAAUGACAAUUGGUGUAAUGUUGACCAGCAAAAAUUUUCACCUCAAGUAUUGAAUGUUAGAUUUUUUUGUAAUGUCUUGCAUUUCCAGAUCAUUUCUUGGAGCAGUGGAGCAACAACUUGGUUUGACAUUAUCAAAAGAGAGACCUUCUUACUCUCCUGCAAGGUGGGAAUUAGCCUAUUUGAACAGAGAGUGUUUAUUCUAUAAAUGCACACACACCACAAAUCAAAAGUGCAGAAAGUACAGGUCAAGUGGUCUAGUCACGAGGUUUUUGUGAACUGACCUGCCACAAUUCUAAGAUCAAAUAAAGCCAAAUACCCUUUAAACUAAUGAAACUACACUUGUUAAGGCCAUUUUAAAUUCCAAAAUGAAUACACCCAAAUUUAUGAAUAUUACAGACACUGUGAAUCUUGGACUUCCUUUCAAACCAGAAGAUUCUGAAUCAUCACUAGUCACACUCUCACAUACUGUACUUCUACAUCCUUUACGAAGAUGUGUUCAUUGUUAAGUAAAGUAAUUCUUCAAUAGUUC